AUGGCCUUCACCGAUAUCAGGCUGCAGUCGCAAGCAGAGCGGCUUGCGCUGGAGAAUGACCGCAUGGAGCAGCGGCUACAGGAGCUGCGCUCGUCCUUGCGUAAACAAAAGGAGGAGCGCGAUGCAAAAGGAGGAUACACGUGGAAGUCUGGGCGGCGGUCCAAGAUUUCGGGGCAUGCCAACGCCGUCAUUGAGAAGGCACAGGACCGCCGCAAGCACCGCGCACGACGCCAUGGCGCCGGCAGUGGUGGCUCGAAACAGCUGCCGCGACCGCCUCCCAAAUACUCAGCUUCGUCGGCAGCUGGGGUCCAAACCGGUAAAGAAAACACUGGCAGGCGGCGCAUGCCGCAACCGCCCGGAGCUGUAGGCUCUGCUGCAUCCACACGCAGCGCCACAGGCGGAACGCAACAGCACACAGACUUAGACCUUGUCCUGGACGCGAGGGCAGACUCUGCGAGAGAAACAUCAGCACCGGUGCAGUCUGGUGUGCAGAGCCUGCGCCAGCGCCGCUUCAAGCGCGACUCCCGGUCCGGCACUGCAUCCGAGGAUGCCUCCCCCUCCGCAUCCAUGGCGGCAACACAGCAACACCAGCAGCGCGGCAGCGCAGGCCAUAUUGAUGCAUGGCGGCAGCAAACAGCGGAAGCGAUGGACACGCAUGGCACGACGACGACCGCAUCAAGUGGUGUUGGCGGGGACGAUGUGGACCCAGACUACCCGCCACUGCCGGUGGAGGGCGGUGGACGGCUGCUGGAUGGCCCGGCCUUUGAUGAGCAGGAGAGCAGCAAAGCGUUCGCAGAGGCACUCAAGGCGUGGCGGAACGGCGAUGGCGAUGGUGAUGGCGGGAAUGGAAGAAGUGGUGAUGCGAAGGGAGUGUCUGCAGCCAAGUCGUGGAAUCCAGCAGCAGCGGUUGUUGGCUCGGAUAUGGCAUCCACGGAUGUGCAGACGGGAACAGCUGGGCAGGACCUGUCCCCAAAGAAGCUCAACCUUGACAUUCGAUUUGAGAGCAACCUGUCGUACUCGGAGCGAUUGAUGCUGCAGCGUGGGCGCCAGCGCGCCUCCAACCCUGCGUCCCGAACGCCAUCAACAACCACCAGCCCACAGCACGCAGGCGCCGUGGCGCGGACACACGCGAGCGAGGGAGACGUGCCCAAGGCGCCCAUGUUUGGACAUGACAUCAGCGCCGCACCCAACCACCCUGAACAGCCAGGGUUGCAUCACGACGACGUGUUUGCUGACACCAACAACAGCAACAUCGACGACGAUGACGACGAUUUGUUGUUGGACGCGGACUUCUUGCAGCGCCGCAUUCAGCUCACAGACGCUGGCAAGGAGACCGCAACAGCACGGGACGAGCGCGGCGUUGUGGAGGUUGUGGAGGUGGCUGAGGUGGUGGAGGGCGAUGAUGAUGAUGAUGGGCAGGGUGGUGACGGCACUGCACAGACAAACACAUCAUCUUCUCAGGAGAACGGGAGCGAGAUUGCUCCUCUCGUGGACGAGCCAGACGACGACGAUGACGACGACGAUGAUGAUGAUGACGAUGCGGAUGGGGACGAGAGAGACAUGCGUGGUCGGCAGGCUCAACACCGGCCGGCAUCAACAGCAGCGCAGGUGACGGUGGGCGAUGCGAGUGAGCACGACUUCAUGCAGCCGCCACCACCGUUGUCAUCGUCAUCAUCUUCAUCGCGGCCGGUUGCUGUUGACGCUAUGGAGGCGCUACUGCAAGGCGCCGGAGACAACGCGUGA